UAGUGGUAGCUAGUAGCCAGCUGGUGCAGCUGAAUGUAGUAAACAAGUGCUUAGAGUUUCACCCGCAAGUGCCCUGCUAAUUUGUGAUGAGUCUUCAUUUUUGACGACGCGAAGACGAUACCCAUAAUUUGUUUAUCGGCACCCUUCCGCACUUCGUUAUCAACUUUCAGUCGCCACUUAUCAGCAAACUUGGACAGAAGUAGAAAAAUCCAUUCCUUCGAGCAACAGGUAGAUUUCUCAGUGUUUCUAAAUUUCUAUUUUUUCCAUUCAAGGCUUUCCAAAAUUAACUCCUUAAACAAUCAGUAAUGGAUUUGCACAGCCCCUAUACAACAGAAGAAGCAAUUGCUAUCGAGAAGGAAUUCACUCGAGUGAAAGAAAAAUGCUACCUCGAUCAUGCCGGAACGACCCUGUACGCGGAGUCACAAAUCCAAGCCGCCUGCGAAAAGCUCGCACAGAACCUGUACUGUAAUCCGCACACGAGCCGAACGACGGAAGACCUGCUGGAUCAGGUCCGUUACCGGGUGCUGCGUCACUUCAACACCCGAUCCUCGGAGUAUAGUUUGAUUUUUACCUCCGGUACCACGGCCAGUUUGAAAAUCGUAGCCGAGUGCUACGACUUUGAUCCCGAGGGAGCCUUCGUCUAUCUAAAGGACAGCCACACGUCAGUGCUGGGAAUGCGGGAAAUCGUUGGAACCGAGCGGAUCUAUCCGAUCGAACGGAAGCAGCUACUGAAACAGAUCGAGUUCGAUGGUAGAUCGAGCAACGAACAUUCAUCCUUGGUAGUCUUUCCAGCUCAAUGCAAUUUCAAUGGGGUUAAGUAUCCUCUGGAACUGAUCCAGAAGAUACAAACCGAUGGAAUAGAAGGCUAUGGAAAGGAGCAGUUCCGGGUCUGUUUGGAUGCGGCCAGCUUCGUGUCCACUAGCUUCCUAGAUUUGUCCAAGUACCAACCGGACUUUGUGUGCCUUUCGUUUUACAAGGUUUUUGGAUACCCCACCGGGUUGGGAGCCUUGUUGGUCCACCGCAGCGCUACGAAUCUACUCAACAAAAAGUACUACGGUGGUGGAACGGUCAAAAUAGCCAUGUCCGGAAGAAACUUCCAUGUGAAGCGAGAUUCCCUCGCGGAGCGCUUCGAAGAUGGAACGAUUGCCUUCACUUCAAUUAUAGCCCUGCUGCAGGGAUUCGAAACUCUCGAACGAUUAGUUCCUUCAAGCGCAGGGCUACGCUCAAUCGAGCGGAUAUCUCAACAAACUUUCCAUCUGGGAAGAUACUGCUUUCAGCGAUUAAAGGCUCUCCGCCACUCCAAUGGAACUGAAGUCGUCAGACUUUAUCACGAUUCGGAAUUCAGCGACAGGCGCCUGCAGGGAGGAAUCGUAAACUUCAACAUCCUCCAUGAAGAUGGAACCUUCGUAGGAUUUGCCGAAGUUUCCUACAUGGCCAGCAUCCAUAACAUUGUGCUGAGAACGGGCUGUUUCUGCAAUCCAGGAGCAUGCCAAAGGCUGCUUGAACUGACGGACGACGACAUCCUGAAGCAGUUUGACGCUGGACACGUUUGCGGCGACGCAAACGAUCUCAUCGAUGGACAACCCACCGGUUCCGUAAGAGUAUCGUUUGGCUACAUGACCCGGAAAGAGGACAUCGAUCGCUUGAUCGAAAUGAUCGAGAAAUGCUACAUCAGGAAGUCCUUAGCCAACGGGCUAACGCGAGCGCAGAUCGUUUCCAACUACAAGACCCACGAUCAACCUCGACUUAAGAUGAUCUGCCUUUUCCCGAUCAAGUCCUGUGGAGCGUUCAAAGUAACGACCAGAUGGCCUUUGAGUCAUAAAGGGCUCAAACACGACCGAGAAUUUGUCAUCGUAGAUGAGAAUGGAGUUGCCGUAACGCAGAAGAAGCUAACCGAAAUGUGCCUUAUUCGACCUCGGAUCGACCUGAACAACAACGAGAUGAUCCUAUCCCAUCCGUCGAUGGAUGAUUUCGUGCUGGAUUUCACUUCCUUAUCGGACGUAGAUGAUACGCAACAGGUGAAGCUCUGUCAGACCAAAGUAUGCCAGGAUAACAUCCAAGCGAUCGACUGUGGGGACGAAGUUGCUGACUGGAUCAGCGUAGCCCUACAGACGUCCGGUCUCCGUUUGCUAAAGCAAUCCGACGAAGAAGUGCGAACCUUCCAGAAAUCGGAGAAGGAAAUUUCCCUCUCCAAUCAGGCACAGUUUUUGUUGAUCAAUCAAACUUCGGUUCGAUGGUUGGCUGAAAAGGUCCCCGAUUGGGAUGAGCUGCAUGAAGAACCUGCGUUGGAAUCGUUGGUCGAUCGCUUCCGAGGGAAUUUGAUUGUUGAAACUUCCAAUGCAAUGGAGGAAUGCGAUUGGAAGCAGGUAACGAUAGGUGUUAUGGAAUUUGGGGUGGAUGGACCAUGCUCUCGCUGCCAAAUGAUUUGCAUCGAUCAGGGGAGUGGAAUCAAGACGACGGAACCGCUGCGAACGAUCGCACGGGAGUUCAAGGGGAAAAUGCGCUUCGGAGUCUACCUUUCCCACGUGGGUAUGCUCAGGGAUGGUUCGGAUGAACAGUGGUUGUACUGUAAUUGUACGGUGCAGGGACUAGUCGCAUAACAUGUUGGUUUU